AUGGCCUGGUGCAGUCUCACAUUAACUGUCUUCGUUGUUUUUUCAAUCUUAAUAUGGAGUACUUGCACUUGUGGUGCAAGUGGCACGGACACACUUAAACCAGGUAUUGAUCCAACUAGAGGCCGAUUACUAGAUUGGAAGGCGCGUUUCGGCAUAAUUGAAGGAAUCGCUCAAGGAUUGCUUUACCUUCACAAAUACUCAAGAUUGAGAGUAAUUCAUAGAGAUCUAAAAGCUAGUAAUAUACUACUUGAUGAACAUAUGAACCCUAAAAUCUCUGAUUUUGGUAUGGCAAGGGCAUUUGUCCAUAAUGAACUGGAAGCGAAUACUGAUAGGAUCGCUGGGACAUUAGGUUACAUGUCUCCUGAGUACGUCAUGGAGGGAAUUUUCUCCCCACGAUCUGAUGUCUACAGUUUUGGAGUACUAAUGCUUGAAAUCAUAUGUGGUAGAAAAAACAGCAGCUUCUACCAUGAUGAUCAUGCAUGGGAGUUAUGGAAAGAAGGGGCAGGGCUAGAACUUAUGGAUCCAACACUAGGCGAGUCAUGUGUUAGGGAUCAAUUGUUGAGAUGCGCCCAAGUUAGUCUAUUAUGCGUGGAGGAAAAUGCCGACGAUCAACCGGCGAUGUCAGAUGACAAAGCCAGCAUUUUUCACAAAAAGAAGAAUGGUAGGCCGGGGUGGCGUGGGCGGAAAUGA